CUGUUCUGCCAAGUACUGUUAGGGUCAAAAAAAGCGAGCUGUGCACAUUUCUGGCCCUUGCCGUAGUCAGCGUUCCUGCUGCCUUAUGGGUAUGCCCAGCUCUUAGCAUCCCAUCCAUCCUUCUCCUCCCUCCUCGUGUCUUCCCAAUCCUGGAGACAGUGAGCCGCCCCGGCCCUGGGGGAUGUUGUGGAGAGCAGGGCAGGACAUGGCAGCCCGCAUCAGAGCUGUGUGUGUGCACAAAUAAAUCCCAGAGAGCUCUGCAGUUAGCUGGAAAUAAUGGAAUUACAGGCACUCGCUUGCUCCCGUUUGGGUCAGGGGAGGUGUUCUGGGGCCAGCUGAAGGGCUGCAUCGCACAGGGUUUGCUGCUGGUUUGAGCCACACUCUGUCAUCGCCAUUUCCUAGGUGGGUCCCCAGAGAGAGAGAAGAGAGGAAAUGCAAAUGGAAAAGGCUGUUUUGGGUUGUUUCUCCUUUUUUCUUCCUUUCCCAGGAGAGUGUGAGUGCCCACCAGCAGUAUGCCACUGGUGAAGAGGAACAUUGAGCCCCGGCACCUGUGCCGGGGGGCCCUGCCUGACGGGGUGACGAGUGAGCUGGAAUGUGUCACCAACAGCACGCUGGCCGCCAUCAUCAAGCAGCUGGGCAGCCUCAGCCGACAUGCUGAGGACAUCUUUGGGGAGCUGUUCAAUGAGGCCAACAGCUUCUACAUGAGGAUGAACUCACUGCAGGAGAGGGUGGACCUGCUGGUCAUCAAGGUGACGCAGCUGGACUCCACUGUGGAGGAAGUUUCGCUGCAGGACAUCAACAUGAGGAAGGCUUUCAAGAGCUCCACAGUGCAGAACCAACAGGUUGUGUCCCGCAACUCUAUCCCCAACCCGGUGAUGGAGAUGUACCAGCGCUGCGACAAGCCUCCACCACUCAACAUCCUCACGCCAUACAGGGACGACAAGAAAGAUGGCCUCAAAUUCUACACCGACCCCUCCUAUUUCUUCAACUUGUGGAAGGAGAAGAUGCUGCAGGCAACAGAGGACAAAAGGAAGGAGAAACGCAGGCAGAAGGAGCAGCGGCUGGUGGAGGACUCCACUCGGGAGGUGAAGAAAGUGCGGAAAGCCCGCAACCGGCGCCUGGAGUGGAACAUGAUGGCAUACGAUAAAGAGUUCCGACCCGAUAACAGAUCCUACACCUCAGAUGCUGCUGAGCACUCAUACCCGGCAAGCCCCAACCACCCGGCACAGCUGCUGGCCCCCACAGCCCACGUGCCCGCAGAACACAAGGAGGGAGUGCUGCCGACUGUCCCCCCUCCAGAACACGGCUACCGACCACCAGCGAGCAGCCGGCAGAACAGCCUCAACCGCGCCCAGCAGCCCCACGCGCCGCAGCCCCCCGAGGCCGUGCUGAACGGACCCAGACCGCACUUGGUCAAGGAUUUCGGACCACAGCCCGUACCGAUGACGGAGUACUUCGUGCCGCCGGCCCCUCCGCCCCCGCCGCCCGUCAUCCCCUCCGCGCAGACUGCCUUCGACAGCCCCAUGGCGGCUCCCGCAGCGCUGCCCCCUGGCGCGGCCGCCCCCGCCGCCCACCCCUCCUACGCGCCCUCGCCGCCCCCUGCACCGCCCGGCCCCUACUCCGCUUCCCCGCCUCAGGCCGGCCCCAUGGGGCCGCCCGUGGCCCCGCCGCCACCACCACCGGGGCCACCCGCUCUCACCACCUCGCCGGCGCACUCAGCCUCACCGCCAGCCCCAGCCGCCGAGUCCCGGAAGCCGCCGAUCCCGCUGAUGCCUAUGAGCGAUGCCCGGAGCGACCUGCUCGCAGCCAUCCGCAGAGGCAUUCAACUUCGGAAAGUCCAGGAGCAGUGGGAGCAAGAGGCCAAGAAAGAGCCCGUGGGCAAUGAUGUGGCGACCAUCCUGUCCCGCCGGAUCGCGGUGGAGUACAGCGAGUCAGACGACGACUCCGAGCUGGAUGAUAACGAGUGGUCGGACUGAGGGGCCGUGCCGGGGGCUCCCCUGCAGCAGGUGCGUACGGCACUUCCCCCAAACCUGGAUGCCGACAACCGCCAUCAGCCCCGCUAAUUCAGGAGCUUUGCUUUCACACCGUGUUGAAAACCAUUCGGGCAGCGCUGGAGGCUGUGCACGGGUAGGAGGCAACUUUGAGGCAGCGAGGCCAGGAAUUAGCAGCACCUCCCCGCUUAACGAUGCUGAAAAUUCUCUGGCUGGGUGAAUGGGAGUGCUCCACAACCAGAGGCUGGCUUUGGUAGAGGAACGAAACCAGGAGGCAGGAGAGCUUUUGCAGCUAGAUGUUAAAACGUGUAAUGGGGAGCUCUGGGAGGAAACCGAAGUGUUUGUGACCCUUGAGCCCACUCCCAUCCUUGGGACAGAUUUCUGGGAGAAAAGCAUGAAGACAAGGCUCAUGCAGCUGGCAGGGAACCAGCAUAUGUAGUGCAAUGUAUGCUGAGGGCAAGGGAUGGAGAGCAGUGUCCCAAAGCCCCACUAUCCUUGGCCGUAGUGCUGAACUAUUAUAGUAUUAUUUGAAGAAAAAAAAAAAAGAAAAAAAAUGCUGCUCUUAGAUAAACCCAAACCACUGAAACUGAGGGUGAGGUUUGGGCUCACUCUCUUGAUUUGCACUUUGUAUCCCCAUGAACCCCACUGGUACAGUUGAGAUCAACCCCAUCCCAGGGCACCGUCCUGGUGCUGCCCUGUCCCUUGUCCCCAAAGCACGGUACGGGUGGGGAGUGCAGGAACGGGGCCCCCACCACUGUGCCAAAAAUACUAGUUUGCUCACCAAAAUAGAGCAUGAUUCAUAGCAGCCUUUUCAUGCAGCUAUUAAAGGAGGAUUUGCGGGAGGGCAGAGCAAAUGGGUGUGAAAUACUGAAAACAUCCCAGUCAGAGGUACUCUUGCAGAGCUGCAAGAGGCUUCCAACCAGCAGUGUAUGGGCCAGAACUAAUGUGGACCCAUCUGGCAUGGCCCUCUCUUGUAUUCCCAUACACCGCAAGCCCCAAAUGAGGGAAAAAACUGAGAUCCACUCAUGACAGCUCUUCUGGGGAGAAGUCAGACUUGGUGCCCACUUUCCCCAGAGCUGCACAGGGAGUACUCUGAGAUUCUAGAAGCAAAGAGACCUGUAAGGCUGGUGAGAGGGCUGGCUGUGACCCCAAAAGCUCAUAAGGGCUGAUGCUUAAAUCCACCCUGAGAACUGCUUAUCUCAAAGCUUAAAUCUCCCUGAGCAUCUGCUUAUUUCCCUCUGAAGAGAAACACCUCAUGGUGGAACAUGAUGACCACAAGCCCCAGCCUAUCUACUAAG